AUGGCUUCACCAUACUCCAUUCUGCCUUUCGCGGCAGUUUUCAUCGCCAUCGACGCCAUUACCGUUAAAUCUGUUCUCCCAAAGCGCAAUCCAACCUUGCAUCAUGCAGACAAGGAGGCACUCGCUGGGCAAGACAUGUCAAAAUCUGGUGAACCCCUAUCAGAGCGCCGCUUAGUUUAUGAAUCGAGAAGCUUCGGGGAAGUAGCAAGCGCGUUGGUUUUCGGCACAAUCAGUGCACUAUCGUCGACGAUGGUCCUUUUGACCGUUGCGAAGUUUGCCAACUUGAUCGACGCGCCAUCAGAAAGUCAGGCAUACCAAGUCAUACAAACCUCUUUGAUCGGCCUACUUUUCGUCUUGGCACCUUAUCUGCAAUUUCGCUUUCUAGUCGUCGGCGCCCACUGGAUUUUCACAUCGGCAAAUUGGAGGAGACUGAACUGGGCCGCUCGUGGAAUACAGUUGUUCCUCAUUGGAACAUGCUCUUUCAUUUUCUGGCGUCUUGGCCGCACGGCGUUGUUCACUUUCGCCAUGACUCUUCAGACCCUACUCUACGGAUUCACACUCCUCAAUGCGGUUUCAAAACCAUACUUUGACGAGCUUCUUCGCAAUUCCGUUCUCCUAUUGGCUUUCCUUACUGGAAUUUCAGCCUUGUCCAUCCUGUGGCACACUGCUAGUGUUUCCUGGAAACGACACAACAUUACCGAGUCGACCUUGGCGGCAGCAUUAUCCGAGUUGACCGAGGUUCGCGAAAUGCUGUUUCCCAAGCGAAACGUACUGCGGGUUCUGGAGGCCAAGGAGCGCGACUCGGCGCCCAAGUACUUGCUUCAACCCCGCUGGAUGAAGAGUUUUAGUUUCCAAAGGAAGCAAGACGAAGAAGCCGCUUCGUUGCGAGUGGAGGUGUCGGACCUCGAGGCUAGGGAGACGUUCUUGACUUCCUCCCUUGCGCUUAUGAGAAGCCAGCACGCAGAUAUCACGCACACCUCGUCAACGAUCAAAAAGAUUCUCCAACCAUGGUUCCUUCUCAUGAUAUACUGCUUCUAUCGAGUCAUUUUGGCACCUCUUGCGCUCGGCUGGCGCACAUCUUUCCUUCCUCGCAACGUCCCAUACGAUCCUCUUAACCUCCUCUGCGGUGCUUUCCUUCAUGCAAAACUACCUGGCUACAGCGCUCUUUUCUGGGCAUCGACAUUGAAUAUCGGUCUCUGCAGCGUUAUCCUUGUGGCUGGCGUGAAUCCCGUCAUCGCGGCCUUCCAUCACGUCGCAAGAUGGAUUCCUGGCCUGUUGAAGCAUGCUACUGCUGAUAUCAAGCUAGCUCUGGGCCACGUCUCGGCUAUUUUCGUCAUUUCUGGUUUAUUCUACCUGCGAAACAUGCCUAUGUUGAUGCCAACUGAAAAGUCUGGUGAUGAGCCUUCCAAUAUCAUGUCAUUUGAAUAUUGGUUUCUUGCUGGCAGCGCUAUGUCAGCCCUGGCGGUCGGCUUAAGCCAUAAGACACAUUUCGGAGGGGCAAGGGAGCAGCGUAGGUCUAGUCACGAUGCGGAUUUGGGCGGCAUUAAAAUCAUGUAA